AGACAGGGCAAGCCACACCCCUGUUGAAACUUCUGACCAAUCAGGAGACGCGAGGAGACUUUGCGCAUGCGUACAAUCAAGGCGCGGGAGAGCCCGAAAACCAAAACAACAGUAAUGACGACUGGCCCGUUUUUAUUCAUUAUUGCCUUGAUUUAAAGUGGUAUUUCCACAAAAUACAAACAUAAAGGAGAGUUUGAAGUCAAAGCAUGGCGGAAGAGUUCAGCGAGUCCCUCACUCCACCAGUGUCCCCCUUUGCAGCGGACAACCGGUGUGACCUGGCGGCCACUCGACCGCCCUGCUUCAGCUGUGAAGCUAAAGACGAGCAGGCUGCAGCUCUGUGCCCUGAGGGAUACCUGGGACGGGGAUCCCUGAAACGGCUGCUGCUGCGUCUCGACCCGGCCCCUGCUGAGUUUGAGACGGACACGGUGGAGAUUUUCGGCUUCCCAUGGGUUACUGGAACGGCGCUGGUGGAGUCGACCAAAUUGCUCUUUGGCCUGUUUCGACAAACAUUUUACAAGUUGGAGACUUUGGUUCAGUCGAGUUCACAUGACUUUGGACAAGCAGGGAAUCUGCAUUAUGAAUCGGAGGAGCUUCGGCAGCAGUGUGUUUCGUUUAUUCAGUAUGUUAAAGUCUUUUUGCACAGGUACUUCGAACCGUGUCUGGACGCAGCUCACUCGCAUCCCUACGAGCAGCUGGAGCAGCAGUUCCCCUCCGCUCUGCUGGAAGAACUGUUCGCCGUCACUCUCCUGACAGGACGACUCAAAGACCUGCCCGCAGGCGUACAGGCAGCCUUCAGUAUGCAAAACCACGGGAAGAUUUUUCCUCCCUCCUGGCAUUUGUUGCACCUUCAUCUCGACAUUCACUGGUCGGUCCUGGAAAUCCUGCAUGUGCUGGCUCACAAGAUGCAAGGCCAGGUGGUUUACGCCCACCGGUUCGUGAACCUGACGGGGGAGAACCUGACCGAUACGAGUCUGUUUGAGGAGCACCUGGCCUCCCUGCUGUGCGACCUGACGGCUCUGGCCUCGGGCAAAUACAGCAAGGUGAGACCUACAGAGACGCUGAGCAGCAGUCCCUUCCUCUGCCUCUGCACCAAAGAGCUCUGGGUGCUGCUCAUGUACCUCCUGCAGUACAGAAAUAAAGCUCUGCGCACACAGUCGUUUUGGAGCUACAUGAACCCCUUGCUGAAGCCUCUGGUAGAUGGGCAGCCCACACCAGAACACCUCAGUGGUCCUCUGACACACUGUAAAGACCCUCUGGGAUUCACAUGGUGGCUCCUCACCCACUUGGCCAUGUUGGGCCAGUACAGCCGCAACGGCACAAUGCAGAAUGAGAAGUAUUUGGAGGAUAACUGGACAUUUGUGGAGGGGUUGCUCAAGAAGACCUGUGACCCCAAGGGUGGGCUUGCAGAGGAGCAGAUCAGGAUGCAUGUGCACUGCUGCCUCAGUCUGUGUCUGCUGUGGGAGCCGAGCACAGCUGCCGUCUCCACCCUCUGGGAGUCCUACAGCAGGAACCUGAACUCCUCGUUCACCGUGCCGUGGUUGGGGGUGUCGGGCCUGGGCGCCGUCUGCAAGACGCCGCUGGCCUUGCUGGAGCAGGCGCGCAGCUGCUGCUGCCCCUCUGCCCCGCGCUCUCCGGGCCACGCCCAACUCUACAGAUCCGCCAACUCGUUCCACAUCUUCCUCCGAGUGCUGGCCCUGUGCCUCGGCCAGGACAGGGCCGGCGGCGCCCCGCAGAGGCAGAUCAAGGGAAGGAUUUACUCCAAGUUCUCAAAAAAGAAGAUGCAGGAGCUGUCUGAAGGCGGCCUCAUGAACUUCCUGCUCCUCUUCCUGGUGGUGGCCAGGCAGGCGGAGCUGGAGGACGUGGCCAGCAGAGCCUGCGAGCUGCUGGGCUUCUUGCCCUCUAACUGCCCCCCCGCACAUCGAACACUGGCCUGGAGAGGGCAACUGUCACUGCUGUUGCUUUUCCAGGAGAGAGGUCUGGAUGUUGCCGCUCAGGCCGGUUGCCUGGCUUCCUCUUUCAACGAGACGGCCAAGGAGUUCUACAGUAAAACCACAGAGGCGUCCCGCAGGCUCGCCCUCUGGGGGCCCCUGGGUUCCUACCUGGAGGGCGUGGCCGAGGUGUUCGAGACGAGCGCCGGCCUCGGCCUGUCGGAGGAGAAGCUGCUCGGCGAGGGCUUCGAUUGGCUGCUGCCGGCGUGUCGUCAGUCUGAGCUGAACUCCGUCCUGAGCUUUCUGCAGAUCGUCCUGGCACAGCUCAGACGGGUCCAUCAGCGCAGCGUCCAGUCAGCGCCCAUCCCGGCCUGGGCUCCGGCUCCAGCCAGUGUGAUUAGGGAGCGCCACCUAGCGGUAGCUUCCGCUCUGUGGUUGCACUUUUUCCCCUUUCUGCGCAGCUUACGCCUCUCCCAGACCCCGCCGGCCCAGCUGGCAGAUGCUGCUGCAGGUUUCACCUUGCUCGCCUUUGACCUGCCCAGUUCUGCCCCUCAGGACCUGCAGCCCAACCCGGUUCAGACCAUCAUGCAGCUCUUCGGCUGGGACGAUAUGGUCCACCCGCUCCUGGUGACGCGCUACCUUCCCCAUCUGCUCCAGAACAGUGAGCUGGUGUCGUCGCUAAGCGGCGCGGCCCCUGGUUCAGCUCAGGGCCUCUCAGUGAGGGCCUGGAUCCGAUGCGUCCUACAGCAACACCUCCACAAGAACCCGGACGGAACGGAAAGCAAAACGGCCCGGGCAGUGGGGGAGCAGCUGUGCGAACUGACCCGGCUCGUCCUGCGACUGCCAGAGGUGGACGGCUUUCUUCAAAGAGCCGGACUUCCUCCCCCGGCUGCCAGGCCCGAGCCGACUGCAGCCCUGGAGACGUUUGUCAAGGCUGUAGGCAGUGUUUACAGCGGGUUGCAGCUGCUGUCGGAGCGGUCGGCCAUGGCGACCAGAGCCCUGGACUACAUCGGUGACGUCCUGAAACAUGUGAAGCCGUACGUAGUCAGCAAAAACCAGGAGGGGAUGCAGCUGGCAUACUGGGCUGUGGGUUGCGUAGUGAAGCAUUGGAGCCCCCUGCUGGCCACUUCUAAAGCACAGCAGCUGCUGUUCCGGGUCGUGGACGGGCUGCUGCUGCCGCCCAAGCUCCCGCAGCAGGACAGAGCUCUGAGGGACAGCUUACCGCUUUAUCUGCAGGGUCUGUCGGUGGCGUCGGGCGUGUCUCAGUCCCAGGGUGCCGGCCUCAAGCAGCAGCUUCGCUCUGUAACCCGCAGAUACCUGGACCACUUCCUCCCCGCCUCGCCCUCUCUGGGCGCGGUCGCCAACCACCCGGUGCUGCUCGGUGCCUGUGAGGGCGCGCCGACCGCCAGGGGAGCGGCGCUGAGGAAGACCGUCCUGGAGGUGCUUUGCGAGAAUUUCCUGCAGUUCAAAAGCCACGCCCCCCCGCCUCGCCUCGCGUCCGUCCUGAUGUUCCUGUUGGAGCUACUGAGGCGAAACGCCGACACGGACGCCUCCCUCCUGUUGCUGCCUCUUCCAGCUCUGCUGCGUUGUUUGAUGCUGGUCAAUGAGCCGACGGUGAGGAAGAUGAGCACGGAUGCGCUGCAGCUCGUGGUGGAGCGAUGCGUCGCUGCGUCUACCGUGAGGCCAUGCGAGUUGAUGAUCGCCGCCUUACGGUCAUUCGUGGAAGAGAACGUGGGCGUCUACGACAGGCAGGUGUACGUCGUCCUGGAGACGGUUGCCGUCUUGGAUCCCGCUGCGGUUCGAGCUCUCAUCCCCAGCCUGACUCUCAGUCUGAGGAGCAGCGAACACAAAAGGGGCCUGGGCAAGAACAUCGCCCUGAGGAGUGCAUACAUGAAGCUGCUGUCUCUGCUUGGACAAAGUGGGCAGGAGGAAAUCAACAGUCUGGAGAGCGACUGGUAGAAAACCCUGAUUCCGGCAACUUUCCGUUUCCUGUGGCUGGUCGGACCGCUCAACUAUAUUUACCCCGUCUGUCUCAACAGAGGUGACGGGCCUUCCAGUGAGUCUCAAU